CAGAUAAAUCGAUCGAUCGGCCGGAUGUUAUAGCUCCUGCGCUGCCCUCGCUCCUUCCUUUUCGCUGUUUGUGUCAGCCAUGGCCCCGAUUAAAAAGAUGGUGGUCCGGAAGCAGGGUGGUAAGAGGAAGAAGCAGAUCCUGAAGUUCACCCUGGACUGCACUCACCCUGUGGAGGAUGGCAUCAUGGAUGCUGCCAACUUUGAGCAGUUCCUGCAGGAGCGCAUCAAGGUCAACGGCAAAGCUGGAAGCCUCGGCGGUGGUGUUGUGUCCAUUGAAAGGAGCAAGAGUAAAAUUGCAGUGAACUCCGAAGUUCCCUUCUCCAAGAGGUACCUGAAGUAUCUCACCAAGAAGUAUCUGAAGAAGAACAACCUCAGGGACUGGCUGCGGGUCGUGGCCAACACCAAGGAGAGCUACGAGCUGCGCUACUUCCAGAUCAACCAGGAUGAGGAGGAGGAAGAGGAUGAAGAUUAAACUUCACAACACAACUUUGAAUAAAAUUUCAAAAGACAUAAAACAAAACAAAACA